CAACACAUGUCUGAAGUCUCUAGUGAUUGACAGAUUUGGAGAAGAGACAUGGGACAAACUCAGGGAUGCAGCAAGGGUUCAAGACACUUUCAUGACUUAUGAAGUGUACACAGAUAACAUCACCAUGCAGUUAGUGUCAGAGGCCUGCAAGAUGCUCGACCUUGAGCAAAGUGUGGUGCUGGGGCAGUUUGGAGAAUAUUUUUUCGAGUUCUGCAAAAGGGCUGGAUAUGAUCAUAUGCUGCGCACUCUUGGAGGAAAUCUGUUUGAGUUUAUGGAGAAUCUGGACGCGCUGCACAGCUUUCUCUCUCUUUCCUACAAGGAAAUGAAUGCACCAUCAUUCCGUGUAGAAAAAAACAAUGACGGCUCCUUGCUGUUACACUACUACUCAGACCGACGAGGUCUUUGUCAUAUCGUCCCAGGUAUCAUCGGAGCUGUAGCCAGAGACUUCUUCAACAGCAAGAUAAAGAUGGAAAUUGUGAACCAGAGAGAGGAAGUCGAGAGGAUGGGAACAAAGGAGCAUAUUGUUUUCCUCAUCACCCAGAGCCCAGUGCCUUUAGACAAAGACUUUUCUGAAAGGUCCAUGCAGAAGACGUCUCUAAAUCAUGUACAGAAAAACCACUGGGGCACAGUCAGAAACUUUGUACAUCCAGAAAAGGGUACAACUCCAAGGGCAUUUGAGCCUGCGUAUCCAGAUAACCUGUGCAUCGAUCUGAAGACAUUUUGCAAUGCCUUCCCUUUCCACAUAGUGUUUGAUGAAGAACUCCUAGUCAGACAGGCAGGGGUGACUAUUCAGAGAAUCGUGCCAGGGUUACAGAGCUUCUGCGGCCAGCUGCAUCAAUAUUUCACCAUCCAGCAUCCACAGGUGACUUUCAACAUCUGCAGCAUCCGCAAGUUCAUUAAUAGCCAUUUUGUUUUGCGGACACGAAGAGACAGAAUGCCUAUGGCUUGGAAAGAGCGACCCAUGCUAGAGCUGAGAGGACAAAUGUUAUGGAUGCCUCCGUUGCAUUGCAUGCUGUACCUAGCUUCACCAUUACUUCGCAGCUUGCAGGAGCUGGAGGAGCACUGCAUGCACCUCUCUGAUAUUGCUCCACAUGACGCUACACGUGACCUGAUCCUGCUCAACCAGCAGCGACUGGCAGAGAUGGAGCUCUCCAACCAGCUAGAACGGAAAAAGGAAGAGCUGCAUCAACUCUCAAAACACCUUGAGGAGGAAAAGCAGAAGACGGAGAAUCUACUCUAUGCCAUGCUGCCCAAACAUGUUGCCAACCAGCUAAAAGAGGGCAAGAGAGUGGAGGCAGGUGAGUUUGAAGAGUGCACCAUCCUCUUCAGUGAUGUGGUGACCUUCACCAACAUCUGCUCUGAGUGUGAACCCAUCCAGAUCGUUUCCAUGCUCAAUUCCAUGUACCUGAAGUUUGAUCGUCUUACCACUGUGCACAAUGUUUACAAGGUUGAGACAAUUGGAGAUGCUUACAUGGUUGUUGGUGGUGUGCCAAUCCCGAUGUCAAGUCACAUAGAGCGUGUGGCCAACUUCGCCCUAGGCAUGAUCAUAGCUGCAAAAGAGGUCACUAACCCUGUGACUGGUGGCCCUAUUCAGAUCCGGGUGGGCUUGCACAGCGGACCGGUCUUGGCAGGGGUGGUUGGUGAGAAGAUGCCUCGGUACUGUUUGUUUGGAGACACAGUUAACACGGCCUCCCGAAUGGAGAGUCAUGGACUGCCUGACAAAAUCCACCUUAGUCCCAGUGUUUAUCAUGCUCUAAGAAAUAAAGGCUAUCAAAUGGAGGAGCGUGGAGAGAUUGAGAUAAAAGGUAAAGGAAGAAUGCGCACCUACUUUCUGCAGAGGAACCUAAAAGUCACAGAGAGUCAGAUCAUGGGACUUCUGGUGCACGACGCCGACUCGGACAAGAAGUUGAAUCAUUCUACUCGAGACUGUUACCAGUCAUGA